AUGGUGUUAGUAGAAUUAGGUUCAAGCCUAUCGCGAGCUCUUCAGAAGAUGAACAAUUCGACAAUCGUCGACGAAAAAGUCCUCGCCGAUUGCCUGAACGAUAUCACAAGGCCACUCCUUCAAUCCGAUGUUCAAUUCAAGCUAAUCUCUGAGAUGCAAUCGAACAUCAAGAAAAUAGUGAAUCCUGAGGAGCUCGCCGCCGGCCACAACAAACGGAAAAUCAUCAGGAAGCCGUUUUUAACGAGCUCUGCAAGAUGUUGGAUCCGGGAAAACCCGCAUUCGCCCCGAAGAAAGUCGGAUCCUGUUAAGAUUGCGGCUGAGGGAGUGGAGAGGUUUAAGAAGGAAAACUGUGACCUUAUAAUUGUCAAUACGAGUGGCCGUCACAGACAGGAAGCGUCUCUUUUCGAAGAGAUGCGACAGGUCUGCGAGGCCACGAAAUCGAACCUUGUGAUCUUUGUUAUGGACAGUAGUAUCGGACAUGCCGCUUUCGAUCAGGCUCGUGCUUUUAAAGAGAGUGUAGCUAUUGGAUCCAUGAUUGUUACUAAAAUGGAUGGCCACGCCAGGGGAGGCGGCGCGCUCAGUGCUAUCGCGGCCACAAAAAGUCCGGUCAUAUUCAUUGGUACAGGGGAGCACAUGGACGAGUUUCAGGUUUUCGACGUGAAGCCGUUUGUGAGUAGGUUGUUAGGGAAGGGGGAUUUGUCUGGAUUUAUGGAAAAAAAAUCCAGCAAGUUGUUCCAGUGGAUCAAAAUCCAGCUGAGCUGCUUCAACAGCUUUCGGAAGGAAGUGAGUGAUGUGAUGGAAUUGCUUGAAGACUACAAGCAUGUGGCAAAGGCGUGCACCAACAUGAAGAAAGGACUCAAGAUUCCGAAGAAGGGAGGUAUAAAUCCUCGGAAUCUGAACCCUCAGAAUCUGAGCCAAGCUCUUCCACCUCAGGCGCUGCAGCAGACGGGCAGCAUCGGGGCAUACAAAACUUGA